GAAAAAGAGAGAGAAAAUGCGAGAAAGAGAAGACCUUUGUGGCAUUGUCUAAUUGUAUCCACUGAAAAAGCGCGAUAAAAAGCGAGUCACCGACCAAGCAAGUCGCCGGUGAAAAUCCGAUGCAGUCCACUGACAACGGCGGCGGAAAAGGAGGAGGUGGUGAGGUGAGUCGAGGUGGGUUGUCUCGGAUCCGUUCAGCUCCGGCGAAUUGGAUUGAAACCCUACUCCAGGAUGAUGAAGAAGAUGAUUUGAAACCUGACCUCUGUUUAACUGAGCUUCUCACCGGAAACUCGUCCGGAAUAACGAGUCGUGACUUGUUUGAGUUCCCGAGUGCUGUUGAGCAGGGAUUGUACACUAACCAAGGUGGCUUUCACCGCCAGAACAGCUCUCCUGCGAAUUUUCUCGGUGGCUCUGCUGCUGGGAGUGAUGGGUUUUUCUCAAAUUUCGGGAUUCCCGCUAACUACGACUACUUGCCGCCGCCGAACGAUGACAUUUCUCCGGCGAGUAAACGGUCGAGGGAGUUCUCUUCUCAGUUGAAAGAAGAGCAAAUGAGUGGUGGUGUAUCAGGGAUGAUGGAGGAUAAGCUUCUUGAGGACUCGGUUCCUUUUAGGGUUCGUGCUAAACGCGGAUGUGCAACUCAUCCUCGUAGCAUUGCUGAGCGGGUGAGGAGAACGCGGAUAAGUGACCGGAUCAGGAGGCUGCAAGAACUUGUUCCUAACAUGGAUAAGCAAACCAACACUGCAGACAUGUUAGACGAAGCUUUGCAGUAUGUGAAAGCUCUUGAAAGCCAGAUCCAGGAGUUGACGGAGCAGCAGAAGAGGUGCAGAUGCAAACCUAAGGAAGAAAAUUAAGGUUUUAGGAUUGAUAUACAUGUACUUUAGCUGUAAAAAUUUUGUACAAUAAGGUGAAACUUUUUAAAGAAUCAAUAAAAGAAAAUGUAUAUUCGUAA